CUCUCUCUCUCUUCUAACAGAAUGAGAGUCAUCACUCCCUAACCGCCUUCCCCAAAUUUCCAGAAUCGUCUACUCACAGUCACAGCUCUGUCACCAAACCACCGUCACCUCCAUGCCGAUUGCCUCCCUUUCAAUCCUCCGCCACCGCUUCCUCACCGCCACCGUCACCGUCACUCUCCCCACCUUCAACAACCUCCUCCGCUGCUGCGCAACCUUCCGAUGCGUCCCUGUCGCAGCAGCGAAGCAGCACCAGAACCCUAACGUCACCAGAAAAUCGCAGCCGCCGGAUAAGAAGCUCCUUAAGGCCAAGCAGACCUUCAAGGACUACUCCUCCCUCGCGCCGGUCCUCUCUCCUCAGGACAAGCCUCCUCUCUCGGAAUCCCAGACCGUCGGCACCGUCGCCUCCGCUCAGGCCAACUUCAUGCGCGUCAUCGUCGAUGCUCCUGGAAAGAAGAGCGCGGACGAAACGGCGUCGUGUUCUGGAUUUCAGGUGGAGCUGCUCUGUGUAGUGAGGGCGCUGCUAAAGAAGAUAAAGAGGAGAGUGUUAGUUGGGGACAAGGUGCUGGUGGGGUCCAUUGACUGGGUGGACCGCCGUGGAAUGAUCGAGAAUGUGUACCGGAGGAGCUCCGAGAUUCUUGACCCGCCGGUGGCCAAUGUGGACCAUUUGCUAGUGCUUUUCUCUCUGGAGCAGCCUAAGCUUGACCCCUUCGCGCUCACUAGGUUUUUGAUUGAGGCCGAGUCCACUGGAAUUCCACUCACGCUUGCUCUCAACAAGUCUGAGCUGGUUGACGAAGAGACAAAGGGUACAUGGAAGUCUAGGCUACAUAAGUGGGGCUACAAGCCACUUUUUUGCAGUGUUGAAUCUAAAUCUGGACUCGACUCUCUUACUUUUAUUUUGAGAGAUCAAACAAGUGUAAUUGUCGGUCCAAGUGGAGUUGGAAAAUCUAGCCUGAUCAAUGCUUUGAGGAAUAGCGACCAUCAUGCUUUUGAUGCUGCAGAAGUGGAUAAUCGGCUUGAUCAAAUUGUAGGCAGCAAGUGGUUGGAGGAUCAGCGUGUUGGACAGGUUUCAGUAAGAAGUGGUAAAGGGAAGCAUACUACCCGCCAUGUUUCCUUGCUUCCAUUGUCUGGAGGAGGGUAUCUUGCUGAUACUCCUGGGUUCAGCCAACCUAGUUUAAUGAAAGUAACUAAGCAAUCUCUGGCACAAGCUUUCCCAGAAAUACAGAGGAUACUCAAUGACAGUGAAGCUGCCAAAUGUGCAUUCAGUGACUGCUUGCAUUUGGGUGAAAAAGGAUGUGUUGUUGGGACUGACUGGGAAAGAUACCCAUACUAUUUCCAACUUCUUGAUGAGAUCAGAAUCAGAGAGGAAUUUCAGUUAAGGACAUUUGGAACCAAAAAAGAGGGUGAUGUAAGGAUCAAGGAUGGACAAGCUGAACCAAGGUUGGAGCGUAAGAAGCACAGGAGAGUAUCACGCAAGAGUAUGAACCAGUCGGUACUAGAUGAAUUAGAUGAGCUGGAUGAUGACGACAACUUACUAGAUGAGGUAAAGUGGUAGGCCAAUGAGUAAGAAUGGAUAGGACAACGAGGACUCAGAACUGGCAGGAAGUUUGCUUCAUAUCAAAACAUUGUAAAUAGCAAGUUCGAACUACAUCUUGUUACACGAGGUUAGACUGAUAUCGGCCGUACAGAUAACAUAGUGAAAAUAACCAGACAUUCUCUGGGGUCUUUUUUGUGAUAUCUGAUAUGUAGGCAAAUUCUUGUAAGCUGGUAAUGACUGGAUGACACAGAUGUUUAGACUUGAUCAUCCUUACAUCCUUUAUCUAGUUAAUUGGCAUGUGUACUGUUCUGUUG